ACAACGAAAGGGCACACAAGUCAAGUCUCGUUAAUGUAUACACAGUGAGCUAAAGGCUAUAUACAUGUGUGUGUACAUUGGAGUUUUGAAAAUGCAGAGAGAAAAACCUAUGGCAACAUUCACUUUGGAGAGUCUACCCUUCCUCGUUUCCCUUGUUCUUUUCUUUCUGUUGCAUAUUUUGUUGCACGUUGCUUCUGACUCUGCUGAAGAGGCAAAUUCUCUCAUCAAAUGGGCAGCCACUCUUCAAAACCAACAGCGCAACCUAUCUUCAUGGCCGCUACUUCCUGCAAAUGCCACCAAUUCCAAGCCAAAAACAAGCCCAUGCACUUGGCUUGGAAUUUAUUGUAACCGUGGAGGAAGGGUUGUUGGAUUAAACCUGACCAAUGCAGGUUUAAAUGGUAAGCUCCAUGACCUCUCUUUCUCAUCCUUUCCUUCUGUUGAAUUUAUUGAUUUCAGUGUGAAUGGUCUUUUUGGUACCAUCCCACUUGAAAUCACUCAGCUUUCCAAACUCAAGUAUCUUGAUUUAUCGCAUAAUCAGUUGUCAGGGGUACUCCCACCUGGGAUUGGCCUCCUAACAAAGCUUGAAAUCCUGCACAUUGCUGAAAAUCAAUUAAAUGGUUCAAUUCCUGAAGAAAUAGGACAGUUAAGUUCCCUUACUGAACUUUUCUUGUAUACCAACUAUCUAGACGGUCAUAUUCCUAUUUCACUAUGUAAUUUGACCAAGAUGGUUGCAUUACACCUCUAUGAUAAUCAAUUUUCUGGUACUAUUCCAUCAGAAAUGGGAAACCUCGCCAAUUUAAUUGAACUUUUCAUGGAUACCAACAACAUAGAAGGUUCUAUCCCUUUCACUCUUGGGAACUUGACAAAGCUAACUAGCUUGUUCAUUUACCAAAAUCAACUUUCUGGUUCUAUUCCUCCCGAAAUUGGAAACUUGAAGUCCCUCAACUGGCUAAGCCUUUUUGGAAACUAUCUUUCUGGCCCAAUUCCAAGGUCAUUAGGUGGUCUGACAAGCCUCACCCUACUUCAUCUUUACGAAAAUCAACUCUCCGGCUCCAUUCCUAAAGAGUUGGGAAACUUGACGUCCAUUGUUGAUCUAGAGUUGGGUGUAAAUCAACUUAAUGGUUUUGUUCCUUUUUCCUUUGGUAAUUUAGGCGAGUUAAAAAUUUUAAAUCUCCGUGAUAAUGGACUUUCUGGUCGAAUUCCUGAGCAGAUAUCAAAUCUCACAAAGUUGUCCUUUCUUCAACUACAGAACAAUCAGUUGACUGGUUUGUUGCCCCAAAACAUUUGUCAAAAUAAAAUGCUUGAAAACAUUAGUGUCAGUGACAACCAUCUUGAAGGCCCAAUCCCCAAAAGUUUCAAAGACUGUAAAAGUUUAAUGAGAGUUCGCCUUGAUGGAAAUCAUUUAACUGGAAAUAUAUCUGAAGAUUUUGGUGUCUAUCCAAACCUUCAAUUUAUGGAUCUAAGCCACAAUAAAUUUUAUGGUGAAAUAUCAACCAACUGGGGAAGGUGUCCCAAUUUGACCGCACUAUGGAUCGCAAACAGCAAUAUUACCGGUACCAUCCCACGGGAGAUCGGAAAUGCUGCUCAGCUAAAAUCACUUGAUCUUUCUUCCAACCAACUGUUUGGGAGGAUUCCUAAGGAAUUGGGAAAGUUGACUUCUAUGUUAAAGGUGAAUUUAAGUGACAAUCAUCUCUCAGGUGGUAUACCUUCCGAAUUUGGAUUGUUAACGGAUCUUGAGUAUCUAGACCUGUCUGCAAAUGGACUAAACCAAUCGAUUCCAGAAACCAUUGGAAACUUAGCUAAACUGAUCUACUUGAAUUUGAGCAAUAAUGAGUUUAGCCAAGAAAUUCCAAUUCAAUUGGGGAAGUUGUUUCAGCUGUCAGAGUUGGAUUUAAGUUGGAACUUUCUCAAAGGAGAGAUUCCGUCACAAUUGAGCGGUUUAGAAAGCUUAGAAACAUUGAAUCUCUCCCAUAAUAAUUUGUAUGGUUCUAUUCCAGAUAGUUUCAAAGAGAUGCAUGGUUUGUUAUCAAUCGAUAUGUCCUACAACAAAUUGGAAGGUCCCAUUCCUUCCAACAAAGCAUUUCAGAAUGCUUCCAUAGAAGCAUUUCAGGGGAACAAAGGGUUGUGUGGGAAUGUCCCAGGACUGCAACCAUGCAAUUUUUGGUCCAACAAACGUACAUCUAAAAGGAGCCAUAAGAUGUUGUUUCUAAUAAUUUUCCUCCCUCUUUGCGGAGUGUUUUUCGGUUGCUUGGGAGUUUUCUUCUUUUUACAAAAAAGAAAAGAUCCAAAAGCAGAACAAAGCGAUCAAGAGGAUGACGAAUCAUUUUUGAUAUCAAGCUCUUUUGGAAGAAUCAUGCAUGAUGAAAUCAUAAAAGCUACCGAUGGUUUUGAUGCUUCAUACUGCAUUGGGAAGGGAGGAUAUGGUAGUGUCUACAAAACAAGUUUGCCAUCAGGAAGCGUAGUAGCCGUGAAGAAGCUCCACUCAUUUCAUGACAGUGAGAGAACAGGUCAAGAAGAGUACAUGAACGAGAUAAGGGCAUCAACUGAGAUAAGACAUCUGAACAUCGUAAAACUUUAUGGCGUUUUUCUGUCUGCUAUAUACUCAUUUCUGGUUUAUGAGUACCUGAAUGGUGUUAACUUGGCCACAAUCUUGAAAAAUGACAAAGAAGCAAAAGAACUGGAUUGGAGUAAGAGAGUAAAUAUUAUUAAAGGUGUUGCCAAUGCCCUGUUUUACAUGCACCACAACUGCUCACCGCCAAUUGUUCAUGGAGACAUAACAAGCAAAAACAUUUUGCUUGAUUCUGAAUAUGAGGCUCACGUAACAGAUAUUGGGACUGCAAAGCUUCUAAAUAACGAUUCAUCCCAUUGGACUGCUCCAUCAGGCACACACAACCAUCUUGCACCAGAGCUUUCUUACACAACGAAGGUGAGUGAAAAAUGUGAUGUUUAUAGUUUUGGAUUGGUAGUACUAGAAGUGGUCAAAGGAAAACAUCCGGGUGAAAUCUUCUUCUCUAUGUCAUCCCCUUCAUCUCAGAUGCCACUCUUGGAAGAUAUUCUAGACCAACGCCUUCCAACUCCUUCUCCUCAAGUUCAAGAAGAACUAAUGACAAUUGUGAAGGUUGCAACUACAUGUUUACACAGCAAUCCACAAUUUCGUCCGACUAUGCAUAUGAUUUCUGAGAUUUUAGAAGCUUAAACUUCACUUUUCUAAAUCUAGUAGAUUAAUAAUACUAUAAUCAAAGUACUUUUCUUGUAUUAUAAAGGUUUAUAGUAAUUCAAUAACCUGGCAACAGCUUCUUAAUAGACUUGAAGAAUUUGUGGCAUUCUUCUAAUUUUCAUUGUGCAAGUUGUGAUUUGGGCUGUCGAAUUUGUUUUGUUAGGGGCUGCCUUUUUGUUGUUCUGUAAUUGUGCUUUGUAAUGCAGAAUGCAUUUUGGCGAUCUUAUCAAGCUGGCAGGAUUUCUUGGCUUCUUAGUGUUGCUUUGCAUAUGGAUUUGCUGAUCAUUAAGCUCCUUCAUUGUUUCAGCAGGGACUCAUUGCUAGCGGAUGUAAUUCUAUUAUUUUGGGUCCUAUUCUACAGUGUUUUGUCUACUUCUUUGUUAUUGUACUCUGCUGAUUUCUUGUUUUGUGUUUUUGCCUGCAAUGGACCGUCUUGACUCUUGAGUUGUGUUUC